AUGGCAGAUGGUGCAUCCUCAUUAGCGCAGCUCCUAAGAGAGGUUUCCAGCUCAUUUGCGUGCGACAUCCAAGGGGAUACCAGUGAGGAAUUUACAGACCCUUUGGGAAUGUUUACAUGGCUUCUUAACAGCCUGCAGUCUUUGUUUAGUGAUCGUCCGCAAAGGUCUCGGGGUACCAACGGGGUUCUGCUUUCCUCUAGGGAUCGUUUUUCUGACUCCCAGACAUUUCCAGGAGUCUGCUGUCCGUAUAAUUCUAGACUUACGCCCUCACCUAAUAGAAAAAGGAAGUUCUCCAGGUUUCAACCAUUUUCAGACGAAAACUGUCUGCUUUCAACGGUGAAGAGUUUGUUAUCCAGCACAGCAAAUUUGCUAAAAAUCCCAUUUCAGUUUUCAAUUGUAAAUUUAAAUCUGUUUACUGGUAAUAACAAAAAUAAAGAAAGCGACACACAGAUAAAACCAUAUUUAGAAAGACUGCAUACAACGAGCAACAUGGAAACUGCCCAGCCUAGUAAGAACCUCUUCUUUAAAUCAAGACUCGUUAAUGCUGAAGAUCCUCCCUCCAAAACCACUGCAAGUGGGAUCAGACCAAUGGAGAUCUUUAUCCCCCAGAAGCUGAGCUUUAAAUAUUCAAGACCUGUCUAUGAACACCGUUUCCCAUUCAAAAAAUGUGUUCAAGAUAGCCGGUUCUCAAAUCCAAGACCAUGUGAUGCUACCAAGGCGUUUAAAAAAUUAUCUUUGGCAGUGGAUGAGGAUGUACAGAAAGGCGAAAGGGAAAAAUACAAGAGGCUUUUGGAAAUUUUCAAAGGAAAUUACAACAGAAAAGAUGAAACCACGGACAAAUCUUCCAGAACAAAAUUUAUGACUGAAAAACCAAAGGAUGAAGAAGGAAUGUCAAGGAUCAAAAUAAAUUGUACAGUGGGUACAUUACAGUCCCCUGAAAAUGUAGACCUAUCUGCUUGUGUCGCUUCUUGUUUGUCUCUAAAUAAUGAACCUGUCUCCACUGCAAAGGAAAAUACUUGUACUGAGCAAUCUUCAGAAAUGGGAAAGAACUUUAUUACUAAGGAAAUGGAAAAAGAGAUUAAACAAGUUCUUGGACAUGGUGAUGCAGACGAUGUGCUAAGCAGUGCCUUUAAAUUAAAAAUAACACGCCAAGAUUUCUGGACUCUAAAAAAUAAGCACUGGCUUAAUGAUGAAAUUAUCAAUUUUUAUGUGAGUCUUUUAGUUGAACGAAGUAAACAAAACGGACUUCCAAAGCUUCAUUCAUUCAGUACUUUCUUCUAUCAAAAACUUCUUUCUGGGGGUUACCAGGCAGUUAGAAGAUGGACUAAAUGUGUUAAUUUAUUUGAAAAAGAUAUCAUUUUGUUACCUGUCCACUUGGAUGUUCAUUGGAGUUUAUUGGUGUGUGACCUUCGCAAGAAAACUAUUAAAUACUAUGACUCAGUUGGUCAAGACGGUUAUUCAAUUUGUGAAGAAUUUCUCAAAUAUCUGCAGGAAGAGAGUAAAGUCAAAAGAAAUCUAAGUCUUAAUGUUGCCAAAUGGAAACUCCACAGCAUGAAACCUCAUGAAAUCCCUCAACAAAUGAAUGGCAGUGACUGUGGAGUAUUUGUUUGCAAAUAUGCAGAUUACAUUUCAAGAGAUAAGCCAAUCACUUUCACACAGAGUAACAUGCCAGAAUUUAGACAAAAAAUGGUCUGGGAAAUCUUACAUCAGAAGUUAUUGUGAUCAAAAGAUUAAAAAAAAAACACUUAUCUUGCGUGAAGUUAAGACCUGAUACAGUAAAAUGAAUGUAUGACUUACUUUUGACACUACUUGAAUUGUAUAUGCUCUGAUUGUAAACUGUGCCUUAAAAAAUAUUUUUGGUUAAAGUAAUAAAUUAUUUAUUUAAUAUAAUAAAGAAUUAUGACAUUUUGUGCA